CUCCCUUUGUUCUUCUCUUGUUUUGGUUUAUCAAGAAACCAAAGUUUCAAGGAAAGGAUGAGCAUUCAGGAGGACGUCAAGCAGCAGCACCUUGCCGGCCCGGGACCCAUGUCCCCAGCCCCGUCCAGUACCAAGAAAACCCCGAGGAUUCCCAAGUGUUCCCGAUGCAGGAACCAAGGACACAUGUCUCCAUUGAAGGGACAGAAGCGUUUUUGCAUAUGGAGAGAUUGCCAAUGUCCGAAGUGCAAACUUAUGCAGAGAGUAAUGGCGGCCCAGGUGGCCAUACGUCGUCAGCAGGCCCAGGAAGAGGAGCUUGGGAUAUGUAGUCCCAUAACGCUGUCCAGCUCAGACAUGGUGGGGAAGAAUGAAGCGGGUGGCAACUGCCUGUAUUCAGUGGAGGGCUGCUCCCCUACCACGUCCUCCAGCUUCUCUGCAUCAACCCCCAUCAAAGGACGAGAGUAACGCCCUCUCCAUAGCGCUGGAGGCCGGACACAAGGACAUCGCCGUGCUGCUGUAUGCACACGUCAACUUCUCCAAAGCUCAGUCCCCGGGUGCAGAAAGACGUCGCCCAGUCCCAC